UUGAACGGGAGCGGUGAAACAACCUAAAUGUACGAAAAUCGUUAGGAAACAUGGCGUCGAGUGUUUCGUGCAAUGAUCGAGAUUAUCCAGUCUCGAUAUUUCUCGUGGCUUCGAACAAAAUCGGAAAUCUAUCGAUAUAGUCGAUACGUGUUCGGGGAAGCGCGAUCUCAAUAUCGAUAAAAACCGUUCUUCCUGAUCGAUAGUGUCGAAAUAAUCGUUACCAUUUUAAACGUGUUUUUUUUUUAAAUGUAACAUGAUAUGCGACGUUAAAACAAUGUGAUAAAAAGAAUUGAAAUAAUUGGCAGAAUGAUUUGCUGUUCGAACCGAAAUGAUUCCGUGAUCGAGACUUGGUUACGUAUAAUCGAUGAUCGAGGGGUCGAAAUUUCAUCGAAUUAGCGAUCUAAACCGAAAGAGGAAAAUCUACCUGCAGCGGAACACGAGUCAGCACAAUCAAUCGCUACGUCCAAUAUACAUUUACGAGUCAACGAAUUUCGUAAUUAGCGCGUCCGUACCGUCAUCCGUGACAAACAUACGUUCCACAUUCCAGGAUAUCGAGCUCGAACGGUGAAGAGCUACCUACCCCCAUGGACGCACCUACCAAGACCAUAUUCCCAUAGAAGUGAUCCACGUUUCGCUAAGAAUGACACGUAUCGCAGAAGAGUCUCGUCUCGUAACACGGAUCAAGAACACUUAGAGAAUCGAACGAAUCGAGAAGUUAAAAUUAAACAGGAAAGCAUCUUCUUUGUUCACGAAGAAAGGAAGGGGAGUUCCUCGAAGUUGAUAUCGAAGGAUCAGUAAUUCGACUUGCAAGCACAGGAUAGGUCCGAGGACCUACUCGCGGCAAGAAAUCAUUAUCACCAUCGAGACGGAUUCGACGAUAGCAAGAAAUUGUUUCAGAAACGCAUCCCCGAGCAAGAGGACCACGGGGACUAGGAGUCGCAAACGCAGAAGAAUAAAAGGCAUCAAAGAAAAAUGGCGUACGACGACGUUAUCCUUCGCAUGGGCGAAUUUGGUCGCUACCAGCGCAGGAUUUACCUCUUACUCUGCCUUCCGGCGAUAUCCUGCGCCUUUCACAAGAUCGCUGGUGUCUUCCUCAGCGCGAAAAUGAACUCUAGGUGCUUGCUGCCACAUGAAAAUGUGGAGAACGCAACGUACAUGUUACCACAAAGCGUGAUGAACGCAAGCUAUCCAUGGGACUACGAGCUGAAAGGAUCGUCGCAGUGCUACAGACGCGACGUUCCUGAUGUCGUUAACCAAACAACGAUCGACAGGUACGUCGAUACGUCGACCGACGACUCACCUAUCCAAAAACCCUUUUCUCCAAAUUGUCUCAACACCCAAGGAGUAAUACCGUGCGAUGAAUACGUCUACGACAGAAGCAAAUACAAAAGUACCACUACGUCUGAGUGGAACUUAGUUUGCGACAGAGCAUGGUUGAAAGCUACGGGGGAUUCUUUGUUCAUGGUAGGAGUCAUGCUUGGCUCAAUGAUUUUCGGUGGUUUGUCCGAUAAGUAUGGGCGUAGACCAAUUUUCUUCCUGUCUUUAGUCAUACAGCUGGUCGGCGGUAUACUAGUCGCAGUUGCACCCGAGUUUAUUUCCUACGUUAUCUUCAGAUUGAUAGUUGGCUCAACCACUAGCGGGGUCUUUUUAGUUGCCUAUGUCAUAGCCUUGGAAAUGGUAGGUCCAAGGAAGCGUUUAGUAGCUGGAGUCGGUUGCCAACUAUUCUUCACGACUGGAUACAUUCUCACUGCUGGUUUUGCGUAUUUUAUAACCGACUGGAGAAUGCUACAAGUCGCUAUCACUGUGCCAAGCAUUGCGUUUCUUCUGUACUGGUGGUUCAUUCCUGAAUCUGCGCGUUGGUUGUUAACCAAAGGCCGCGUGCAAGAAGCGAAAGAUCUCUUGCAGGGCGCAUCUUUAGAAAACGGCGUGGAAAUGCCGAUCGAGGUACUGGACUCUCUUCUUAAUAAUAACAGCGAGGAAAGCGCUCCAGAUUAUAAGAAACCGUCGUUGUUCGACCUCUUCCGGUAUCCAAAUUUGAGGCGGAAAAGUAUCUUACUAUUUUUCAAUUGGCUUGUAAACAGCGGUACCUACUACGGAUUAUCCUGGCACGUAUCCAACCUCGGUGGUAACGAAUACGUUAAUUUCCUAAUUUCCGGGCUCGUGGAAGUGCCCGCGUAUACGUUUCUAAUUUUCACCUUAAAUCGUUGGGGGAGAAAGUUAAUCUUGUGCGGAUGUAUGUUGAUAUCUGGAAUGGCGUUGCUCGCUAUCCUGUUUGUACCUGCUGAUGCUCAGUGGCUCGUCGUGUGUCUCGCGAUGAUCGGUAAACUCACCAUCACGUCCUCCUAUGGUGCAAUUUAUGUUUUUACUGCCGAACAAUUUCCCACGGUCAUUCGAAACGUCGGUCUCGGAGCGAGUUCAACUUUCGCUCGAAUCGGUGGUGUAAUUGCCCCGUACGUCAUACAUCUGUCUGAAAUCUGGAUGCCUCUACCCUUUGUCAUUUUUGGAUCGUGCGUGCUUCUUGGUGGAAUGAUGUCGCUACUCCUUCCAGAAACACUGAACAAGAAGCUUCCAGAGUCCAUACAGGAUGGAGAGUUGUUUGGAAAGAAAACUCCGAAGAAGAAAAAGAAACAACAAUUAGAUAUAGAACAGUUAAACGAAGUGGAUGUGAUAAAACCAUUAAAACCACAGGAGAACGGUGUUCACGAGAAGCAAAACGGAUGACAUUAAUUUCCAAGGGAAACGUUGGUUAUGCUCAAAAUAUCUAUUUGAAUCUUGUUUGACCGUAUUUUAGGUACCUUUGCCUGUACGUGUCUCGCGUAUGCGAAUCUUAGCGUGUAUCGGACCAUUACAAAACUGCAUCAACGAAUCCUCCUAUUAAACUUUCGAACUGCAUGACUAACAAUGUAGGAAUUAUCGAACUGAGGGACUAAAAAAAAAACACCUACAUUGAACAAUUCAACUUGUUUUUAACGUAUUAAAUGUAAAAAGGUAAAAUUACCUUCUGUUUAUAUAUACACACAAAAUACACACCUAUGUAAGUAACAACGCACGAAAGUUCUGCCAACAAACAUAUCAUUUUCUCUACUAUCUGAGUGUUGUUUACGUAUUAAGUGCCCUUUAAAUGUAAACCUGUAAAAGCUUCCUUGAAAAAUUCGCACGAAAAUCGA